CACUACCGCUUCUGGCUCUUCCACAUCCUGCUGCUCUCGGCGCCCCCCGUGCUCUUCGUCAUCUACUCGGUGCACCGCGCCGGCAAGCAGGCGGGCGGCGCGGACGCCGGGCCCGGGCCGCCCCCGCGCCGCCGCUGCUACCUGCUGAGCGUGGCGCUGCGCCUGCUGGCCGAGCUGGCCUUCCUGGCGGGCCAGGCGCUGCUCUACGGCUUCCGCGUGGCCCCGCACUUCGCGUGCGCCGGCCCGCCGUGCCCGCACACCGUGGACUGCUUCGUGAGCCGGCCCACCGAGAAGACCGUCUUCGUGCUCUUCUACUUCGCCGUGGGGCUGCUCUCGGCGCUGCUCAGCGUGGCCGAGCUAGGCCACCUGCUCUGCAAGGGCCGCCCGCGCGCCGGGCGCCGUCGCCAGGCGGCAGAGCGCGACGGCCGCCGCCACCGCGCGCGCCCCGACCCCUGCGGCCCCCCCGCCUACCCGCACCCGGCGCCGGCCAGCGACAGCGAGGGCGGCAGCGGCCACAGCAAGGCGUCCCUGGCCACGGUCCGCCAGGACCUGGCCAUCUAGAGGCGGGCCGCGGGUGCUUCCCGGAGAACUGUCCCCGGGACCCUGCCCUGCAGCGUCCCCAGCACUUCCCGAGUGCGCUGGGUUGAGUGGGGGCCCCGUAGAUUGAACUGUGGCAGGUCCUUGUUGCCCUGAUCCAGGUGGCAGGGGGGAGGCCUGGGGCUGAGAGAACGUGCACAGGAGGAGGGCACCGCAGAGCCGGAAGGGGAGGUGCAGGUGGUGCCCAGAAAAAGUACUUGUGAUACCAGCCUCCCGAGGGCCUCUCCUUCUUGGGGCUGAGGCGUGGCCUCUGUGUGGGCUCCCUG